AAACAAAGGAGGGAAAGGGGGCAAAAUCACACAUUUUUUUGUUGACUCAUUAGUUCUUUUCUCAGUAGUGCCUGCAGCAAGGCUCAACUAACACCUAAGAAAUCAACUAUAUUGACACUUUUUAGUUACUUCUGGGAUCCAGAUUUGAACCGUAGUGAGUUUUUUGGUGCAGUGAGAAGUGGCAUCAUCAUUGCUUGGCAUGUGCUCCACAGGAAGCCCUCACAGGGUGCUCUGUUCCUUCUUCCUCCUUCUUCCUCCUUCUGGGACUCUCUCUGAUUCCAGAUGUCAUUCCUUUCUCUGGGAGAUAAAAAGGUGGUUUCAUCUCCAGGCAACAUCCUGUGCCAAAAAAAUAUGGUUUCUCUGCAAUAGUCCUAGAAAGGAGAUCCAAGAAGGURAGAUCAGACUGGAAUGAGAUAACAUCAGCCAAAGAAAUGGUGCCGGAAUUAACAAUAAGGAAAACAAGCACAGAUGAAUUCAGUAGGUGUGAAAGCUACAGGGCCUGUUGGGCUGGUCCCUGCUCAGUCAGCUGUGGAGAAACACACCCAGGAGCAAGCCAGGCUGCCCUGCGGGCUCACAGAGCUCAGCGCUGCCAUCACCUUCGCCUGGAAGGCUCCAGGUAUCCGUGUGCAGCUCAACAAGUCUGGUUGAGCCCAGCACCUGCACAGCCUUCUCCGGAAAAUAAAGGUUCUUCCCUGAGACAGUCUGCAUGUGGAAACGACCUCCUCCGGCACAGAAAAUGGGCCAGAAGGUCUCCCAGGAGGACAACCAGGAGAACAAGGCUGAAACACUGGUCAUGUGUGAAGUCUUCAGCCAGGGCGUGCUCCACGCAUCUCAAAGACUAAAGGACUAUCUCGGUUUUGUGGAUCCUCAAAGCAAAUUCCAGCCAGCCACRAACACGCUGAGCGAGAUUUUCCUGGUCAACUUCAUCAGCUUCUGCGUGGGAAAGGGCAUGGAGGAGCGGAUCAUGACCAGCAAAAUGACCAAGCAGCAAUCCUCUCUGUUCGGGGUGGACUGGAUCUGGACUCUGUGUGGGKCUGACAAGCAGAUCAAGCUGCAGAUCGCCGUGCAGGCUUUGCAGCCGGCCGAGCUUUUCCAYGGCGAGGGCCCUGCCGAGGAUUGCUGCCGGGAGGCCGCGCUGGCCGACGAGUGCUUCCAGAACAUGAGCAGGUUUGAGAAGCUGGCCCAGUUCUGCCGCCUGGUGGGACGGGACUGCCUGGGCUUGUUCGUCAUGUUCGGCGUGCCAGGGAAGCCCAAGGACAUCCGAGGAGUCCUGCUGGACAGCGUUGCCAAGGAGGAGCAAAAAUGCCGCCUGUCGGGCAGGAAUGCACUACGGCAAUUUGUCACCGRCACUGACAGCUCCCUGCCCACAAAAGACAUGCUGGAAAAUUGCCUGGGCACCAAAAACGGGCUGAAGGACGUGGGCAACGUGUACAUAAACUUUGUGUGARCAGCUGGGCAGGAGCAGCGUCUCCAUGCAGCACCGGGGGCUGCGUGGGGCUCAUCUGUGCCUCUCUCUUUCCUCCCCACACUCCAUUCCCUCCACCUUCCCCUCGACCCAUCGUGUUCCCUGAGCUUCUGCAGAAGCCAGGCUGAGUCAGCCUCUCCAGCUUAUAAAACAACAGGACGGACCUGCCAGAGAAAUGUGUUUAUAGAAGGCACGACGUUUUUCCAGAACAUUUUGUUCACCAGACAUUAAGUCUUGGCUGGAGMUGCUGAAAGCUUGAUCAACCAGAGCUCUGGGGAGGUCCUGGUAGAUUUGACUCACAGCCUUUGUUUGCUGUGUGGCAGAUUUUUUUCUAUCCGAGGAGGGUGUCUGUAAUAAUGAAAAUGUGCUGGUGCUGGUCAGAAGAGUUGCAGUGAGUGKGAAGGACAAUACCAGGCCUUAAAACAGCUGUUUUGGAAGAGUGAGCUGGUUUCAAUUAAGAGAAAAACCCUUCACGGUGCUAGAAAGAGGCUCUGUGAGAGACUUAUUAAUUACCUGCCCCCUAAUUCAUGCCAGGCUCAACGGGGCCUUGGAGCUAUGAACAAAAGGCAGGGCUGGGGCCAGCUGCAAAGCUGAGUGGCUGUGCCAGGGCAAGGUGUGGCAAAAGGUAGGGACAGAGGUUCAAGAAAACUUGGGAAAAAUCGAGCAAUCGGGACAAAACCCAGGCCUGAUGUGGGUGUGAUCUUUUCCUCUUCAUAGCRACAGAGGCAGCUCCUGACCACUCACAGCAGAGAGCAAAUCUGGAGGAGGCAAGAUUAUUUCACUUGGAAUUUMUUUUCAGUAGCUUAGAAGCUGAUGACAUUUAUGGGCUUGAUUUAUUCUAUUUCCCUCAGCUUUUACUGGACUAAGUGAGGCUUUGGGGUUACACAAUUAUAAUUACUUUCUUUCAGCYACUGUUAACCAGUGAAGGAGGACCUGAUCCCUAU